UCCCGCCCGGUCCCGCUGACAGCGCCCCGCUCCCGCCUCAUGGAGCCGCGCGGGCACGGCUGCCCUGGCAGCGUCCUCUUCGGCUGUGAGCUGACUGCCAGCACCAAAUCCUACACAUUUCAGGUGGAUGAGGGAGAUGACUCUGACCACAUUUUGGCCCUGUCUGUGGUCUGCCUCACAGAUGGUGCCAAGGACGAGUGCAACGUGGUAGAGGUUGUUGGGAGAAACCAUGAGAACCAAGAGAUUGCUGUGCCUGUGGCGAAUCUGAAGUUGUCAUGCCAGCCCUUGCUGAGUCUGGACAACUUCAAGCUACAGCCUCCAGUGACUUUCCGCCUGGCAGCGGGCUCUGGCCCAGUACACCUUGCUGGCUGGCACCAGAUUGUGCACAGGGAAGAUGCUUCCUUUGAGGAGGAUGAUGACUUGUCUGAGGAGGAGGAGAAGCAGCAGCUUCCUCCUAUCAUGCCAGCCAAGAAGUAGAGGAGGAAGCAGUAACUUAUCUUCAGGCAAGGUACUCAUUGGGACUUCUUUCCCUGGAUGACUUUUACCUCGGACACCUCUUGCCAGGACCUCAACGUUUGCUACUUUGUUUUUUUGUUUGUUUAGGUUUUUGGUUUUUUUUUUUUGUAACUUUUUUGGGGAGCAGAGGCUGCUCCCAGCACUGGGGUGUCUUCUUUCCCACAGCCCUGGGAGGUUGAUCCCAAAACUGAAUGGAUGCUGCUGGUAUAUCCCCCCUCCUCCAUCCCUGUGCUGGGAGUUGGGGAUGGAGGAGGUGAUUCUCGUCCUGUGCCUUUAUGCUGUCCUGGACCUUUGCUCAGUGCACCCCCUCUCCCUGCCUCUGAAAUACCCUGUCUUGGCCACUUCCCCAGCAGAUGGAAGUAAAGUCAGCAGUGGAACAGGCAGUUUUACUGAUUCUAGUGUGUUUUCUUUUCUUUACUCACAAUUUGGUGGGUUUUAUGCACUUGGAAUUGUGAAACUGGGGCCCAGGCUGUGUCCUCGACUGCAGAUAUGGUAGGGUGGGAGCUCACGGCUUAUCUGUGAUUUGAGGAAGAUUCUGGGUCAAUCUGUUUUGUAAAGAAUAGUUUUUGCACUCUGAAUAAAGGUCUUUUGGGCAUCA